AUGGUGAUCUAUAACAAGUACUGGAAUGGGACGGAUUUCUUGGAAAUGACGGCAUCCAGUGUCUGUCAUCUGAUUUGGGAGGAAGUGCUCUUCAUUUGCGUGGCCGGCUGUAGGGUGGAAGAAGAGCUCUCUUCUGACCGAUUCAGGAAAUGGAUAUCCGAGACCGUCGAGCAUUCGAAAGAUCUUAAAGGAAUCUUCCUACUUGGCUGGCUCGAAGGACGUGAAGUAGACCUGCAGAGGAAAAAUGCUAUCAAAUCCAAAGAUCAAGAAGCCGUCAAACCAUUCCUUGACUUAAUUGAAGAUAAUUGUCUUACCAAUCUAUGGAUCCACCGCCAGAACUGUUUCUUGUUGAGCGCGCAAGACUUCCAGGUGCAAGUUCACCACGAAGUAUUCACCCAACGGAUGGGCGAAGAAUUUAAGAACGAUCCGAUUCUGUUUCGCACAUUCUUUGGGUCUUUGGAAAAGAAAGAGAUGGCGGCCGCGAAUGAGGAUGUUGGAAGUGCCGCCGAUGGUUUGGCUGGCCUACAAGUGGAUGACAAGAAGCCGCCGCUCAUCAAAACGGACACUGUUCAAAAGCCAGCAAAACCAAAGAAUCUGGACGCCCAGCUUCCGAACGGUUCCUUCACUCAUCUUUUGUGGAAUAUGGACGAGCUGUCGAGUCAAAAGCUCAAAAUCUUGACGUGGAUGCUGCACGAUAUGAAUAUCGACGUUGGCUUCAUCCUGAAGGCAGCGAACGUCCACUUAAGGCCGGAUGGCCGAAUUCCUGGAUACCAGAUCGUCACACCGCAACCAUGCUCAUUGUCGCAUGCUAUCGACCCAAAGGCCAGUAACAACGCUGUUCUUGGUGAAACCCGAAUGUUUUUUGUGUUUCGCGGCGAGAAAACGGUCCUACCUACGAUAUACGGUGGUCUCGACACCCUGGGUGGAGGUACAAAACAGGCCCGUGUCUGCUGGUUCGAAUACAAAGGGGUGAUGUAUAUCUGCAUGCAUCGAGAGUCUGAGACCCAAAACAAUACCGGAUCAGGAAAUUUUCCAAAGUUUUUGGACUCAAAGAUCACCAGAGUCGUCACCGCAGGUUUAAAAGGAAUUGUCGUUGUGGGAAUUCCUAGUAACCCCACCUAUGAACUUGGCACCAGUAGGCUAUUGAAUGCAAAUGCUCUUGAUCAACAAAAGUACCAGUCAAAAAGAUUUGUGGAUAUAUUUAUACGCCACGGAUUCGGUACGAACCAGGUUGUAUUCCCCGCGCCGCCGCGUUGGGUGAACAAAGAUCAAGGAAUGAGAAAUGCCUUUAUUCUCACCAAAAAUCUACAACUUGCUGGGCCACCUGGCAUCGGCUAUGCCUUUGAAUUAAAAGGGGCUACGCAACCAGUAAAAAGGAUUAUGGGCUGCGAAGCUAUUUUCUUUUCGCUGAACGACAAUCCAGCAACCGACCAAGGCACAUCGAAAGAAAUCAAAAAGGAAGAGCCU